AUGCCUUCAACGCCGUCAUCAUCAAUUUUUUAUCGAAAUAUAUGGCGUUUAACAGAGCGAAACAAGAAACGAAAAAAUGAAAGCUUGACGAAUAGUCAUUCAAAUAGUGAUGAAACCAUUAACGAUUAUAGUAGUACGCCGCAGCAGCACGAACAACUACAACGAUCCGUAGAAGCGUCAUGUGAAGCUCAAGAUGUCUUGUCAUCCAAAGGGUUCGGUCAAGGUGAUGAGAGGGACGUGUAUGGUUUCCAUCUUGAUGAUCCGUUUGUUGUUGACAAAACUCAAUGUAUAAAUGUAUCGAUACUCCUAUACGAAAUACCAUUGGAUUGA